GCCGGAGCACGAUCUUCCGACACUGACCCUUCACCCGGAAACUAUCUCGCGAGGACAGGACGUGACGAAAGGCGGGAACCAAGCGGCGCCAGGACUCGGGAAGAUGGUUCAAAUCCCCGUAGCGCUGCAAAGUGCCAGAUGUAGCUUGAGCCCUGAGUGGGUGUUGAUGGAGCUGCAGGGUGAGAUCGAAGCACGGCAUGAAACUGGCCUGGCUGGGAGCCUGAUGGGAGACCUGCACUACAGCCGAGAGGGAGUGCCGAUUCUGAUCAUUGGUCACCAUAUCCUGUAUGGUAAAGUCAGUCACCUGGACAGGCCAUUUGCAGUACUCCUGAAACAAACUGUGAGAAGGACAGGAGCUGAAAGCCCAGUGGAAGCUCAUAGUCUUGCUGAAAGAGAUAGUGAAGAGCACACUUCCACUUGCUACACAGUGACUGCACUAAUCAAGAAAAAGAUAAUCUUCAAAACUCGUCCAAAGCCAAUUAUUACCAACGUGCCCAAAAAGCUGUAGUGGCAUUGAACCAGGCCUGUACAACAGGGACAGUGGACUCUUCCAAAGCUUUGGGUCAAAACAAAGUGGUGCGGGUACCUGGACGGUAGAUGUUAAGCAACACUGUGUCAUACUGCUUGCCUCAAUUCUUGUGCAGUGCCUGAGUUUGUUUCUUCUGUUUGUUUACACCUUGAGGAGAAGAAUGGAUCCUUUGAAUUCUGAACUGUGUUUAAAGUAUAUGUUACUACAAGCUGCCAUUUUUUUGUUGUUGAUGACAAAAGACACUGUAAUUUGUCACUUUCGGUUAGUUAGCAUCAGUGAAUGGGAAGAUAUUAAGGAUGAGUUUUCAGGGUACUUGGAGACACAUGAUAAAAUAGGCCAAAGUCAGUAUGGUUUUCUUAAGGGGAAAUCUUGUCUGAGAUAUCUGUGGAAUUCUUUGAGCAAACAUGCAGUAUAGAGAAAGGAGAGUCUGUGGAUACGAGCAUGGGUAGAAGAUUGGCUGAUUGGCAAGAGACAGAGUGAGAAUAAAGGGAACCUAUUCUGGUUGGCCGCUGGUAACUAGUGGUGUUCCGCCAGGGUUGGUGUUGGUUACACUCCUUUUCACGUUAUAUGUCAAUGAUUUGGAUGAUAAAAUUGAUGGCUCUGUGGCCAGGGUUUCAGAUGAUACAAAGAUAGGUGGUGUGGCCAUUAAGGAAGCAGGGAGUCUGCAGAAGGACUUAAGACAGAUUGGGAGAAUGGGCUGAGGAGUGGCAGAUGAAAUACAAUAGUGGUCACCAACCUUUUUAAGCCCAAGAUCCCCGACUUCGGCCUUAAUAAAAGGCAAGAUCGACCUACUAAAUCGUUAAGACACACUCAUGCGCACCCGGCAGAAGGGACUGGAAGUGGAGCCCCGCAGCCCUGGAAGCAAUCUCUCUCUGCAGGUGGCUUUCCGUAGCGAGAGUGUUGCUAUGUUACCAUUAUCUUAAUUGGUAUUACUUAUUUUUAUAAUGCUCACAUUACAAUGCCUUUAAUUCUAUGUUUCAUUAUUUAAUUUUAUUUCAAACAUGAAAAAUAAAUGAAUAAAAAUUGACUGUUGCACUCAGUGUGAUGACUGGGGCUGAAUACUUUCUGCUAGUUCCCUGAAAUUUGGCUCAUAACUACAGACAGCCAGUUUGAGACAGUCUGUGAGGUGUCUGUCAGUAAGACAGCUCAUGUACUUAGAUUUAAUCAUUUUCAUCUGUUGCGGCACAGCCCCCUCUCAAACCUCCUGACAGACUGAAUAUUUGAAUGGACAGUUUCCUUUGUUAGACUGUUGAAUCUGCCACAUUUUUCAGGUGUUUUGUAUUGGUAAAUUGUUACUGAGACACUGGUAUAAGUUUCAGAGGCACGCAAGCCAGUGACACCACUGUUUUUUUGUUUCCCAGUUCUUUUACAUUUGGGGAAUGUUGGAAUUUAAAGGGGGAGAAGUGUUGUACUGUGAGCAUUAUAAAGAUAGGUUGAUGCCAAUUAGGAUAAUGGUGACAUCGUGGUGCUUCUGCUGCGGAGAGCUGUUUGUGGGGAGAGGUUGUUUCUGGGAUUGCGGGGUUUUGCUUCCGGUCUUUUCUGCCCGGUGCACAUUUUUCAUUUUUUCUUGGGGUCUACUGGGAAAGUCUCAAAGAUCAACCGGUCAACUGCAAUCGACUGGUUGGCGACCACUAGAAUACAGUGUUGGGAAGUGUGUAGUUAUACACUUUGGUGGAAGGAAUAAAGGUGUAGUCUUAUUUUCUAAAUGGAGAGAAAAUUCAGUCAAGAUGCAAAGGGACUUUGGAGUUCUUGUGCAGGCUUCCCUGAAGGUUACCUUGCAGGUUGAAUCAGUUCUGAGGAAAGCAAGUGCAAUUUUAGCUUUCAUUUCAAGAAUAUAAAAGGGAGGAUCUAAUUCUGAGGACAUAUAAGGCAUUGGUUCCAAGGUUGUCAAGCCAAGGAGUGGUAAUGGGGACAAGCUCCCAUUACCAAAAAGUGCUCCUCACGGCAUGCACCUCAAAUAGCCUCUGACAACCAAGUCCAACUCCUGGCCUUCUUGUGUGGCUUGGCUUAAGCCCAGCGGAACUGUUUCUACUGACAGGAGAAGCGGCAAAGGCGGGUCCUGGGACCUUUAAACCAGUGCUUCGAGUAGAUGGAGCUUGUCAGCCUGGGAAGGCAGUCAACCUAAGAGAGGGAAAACUGAUUUCAAACCUCCGCUGCCUUGCGGCCAUACCCACUCAUGGGAAAGGCUUCGGGAGUAAACCCUGAGAACAAAUCCAGAGCUGGAGUCCCUAAGGCAGUCCAACAUUGCCUUCAACUUCAUUCUGGCAACUCCUCCGACAACACUGGUGCCAAGCUGUAUCAGCCCUUUCCCUUCCCUUGGACAACAUCAGUGGUGUGGAGAGGGGAGACUAGCAGCAUGGGCAACUGCCAGUCUUCCAUACAACCUUGCCCAGGCCUGCUCCCUGGAGAGGACACUCCAAGACUUUCCAGGUGUAGAUCCAUGAUCACGUGAGACUAAUGGAUGCCACAAAAAAAAGGCAUUGGUCAGACUGGACCUGGAGUAUUUUGAGCAGUUCUGGGCCUGCUAUCUAAGAGAACAUAGAACACUACAGCACAGGAACAGGCUAUUUGGCCCAUAGUAUUGUGCUAAACCAGCUAAAAAGCAAAUCAAAAACACCCAAACACAAACCCUCCUACUUACACCAUGUUCAUAACCCUCUAUCUUCUUUACAUCUAUGCCUGUCCAAAUGUAUCUUGUUACUCUCCACACCUUGUGGCAGAUCGGGUAACAACCUUGCUGUUUCUUUAGCAAUUUUCUGUUUUUAUGAGGCUGAGUUGCUUGUUCAAUGCCCAAUCCAGCACAAGUAGAAAGCAUACAAGGAGCUGGCCGAUUCGAACCUGGGACUAUACCUCGAAGAACAGUGCAGAUACCACCACACCAUACCAGGCAUCCACAAUUCUGAAGAAAAAACUUGUCCCUCACAUCCCCCCUUGAAACCACCCACUCUCUCACCUUCAAUGCAUUCCCUCUGGUAUUAGAAAUUUCAACCCUGGGAAACAGAUCCACUCUGUCCACUCCAUAUAUGCCUCUCAUAAUUUUGUAAACCUCUAUCAGAUCUCCCGUUUGCCUCUGACGUUCCAGAGAAAAUAACCCAAUUUUAUCCAGCCUUUUGUAAUAGCACAUACCCUUUAAACCAGGCAGCAUCCUGGUAAACCUCUUUUGCACCCUCUGCAAAACCUCAACAUUAUUCUUAUGAGCGACCAGAACUAUACGCAAUACUCCAGAUGUGUCCUAACCAGAGUUUUAUAAAGUUGUAACAUAAUCUCCUGACUUUGGAACUCAUUGCCUCGACUAAUAAAAGCAAGCAUUCCAUGAGCCUUCUUAACCACCUUAUUGACCUGUGUAGCCACUUUCCAGGAGCUAUGAACUUGGAUCCCAAAAUCUCUCAGUUCAGCAACACUGUUAAGGGUGUACUGUCUCCUUGCACUUGUCCUACUAAGGUGCAGCACCCCACAUUUAUCUGGGUUGAACUCCAUCUGCCAUUUCUCAGUCCAUAUCUGCAACUGAUCUAUAUUGUGCUGUAUUUGCCAGACUUCUACACUAUCCUCAACUCCACUAAUCUUGAUAUAAUCCACAAAUUUUCGAACCCACCUAUCUACAUUUUCAUCUAUGUUGUUUAUAUACUUCACUAACAGCAGAGGUCUCUGGACAGAUCCCUCCAGAACUCAACUGAUUACAGACCUCCUGCUCAAAGAAGUCCCUUCAACCAUUAUGCUCUGUCUAUGUGCAAGCCACUUCUGAAUCCAAACAGCCAAUUUGCUAUGGACUCCAUGCAUCUUCUGGAUUAGCCUCCCAUGAAGGACUUUAUCAAAAUCCAUGUAGACAAUAUCUACUGCCCUACCUUCACCAGUCCCUCUCGUAACCUUGUCAAAAAAACUCAAGUUGAUAAGACACAACCUGCCAUGCACAAAGCCAUGCUGGGUCUCCCCAAUUAGGCUAUGGAUUUUCAAAUGCUCACAUAUCCUAUCCCUAAGAAUUUUUCCAGCAAUUUUACUACAACUGACGUGAGUCUCAGCAAUCUAUAGUUCCCAGGAUUUUCCCUUGUUCCCCUUCUAAAAUAGAGGUACACCAUUAGCCACUUGCCAGUCCUUCGGAACCUCAUCUGUGGGUAGAGAGGACACAAAGGUACUGGUCAAGGGCCAGCAAUCUUGUCUCUUGCUCCUUCAAUAAUCUGGGGUAAGUCCCAUCAGGCCCUGGGGACUUAUCCACCUUAAUACAAAUUAGGAGGCCCAACACUUCCUCCACCCUGACUUCUAGAUACCCUAACAUACUUAUACACUCAGCAGUAAUCUGGUCCUCCAAAUCCUUUUCCUUGGAAAAAGCUGAAGCAAAGUACUCAUUAAGUACCUCACUCACAUUCUCUGCAUUCAAGCAUAUGUUCUCCCCUUUAGCCUUGAGUGAGCCAACCCUUUCCCUAGUUAUCCUCUUACUCGAUUUAUGUAUAGAAUGUCUUUGGAUUCACUUGCAAGUUAGCAGCAGCAGUACAGUGCAAUAUAAGACCAUAAGAUAUAGGAGCAGAAUUUGGCCAUUUGGCCCAUUGAGACUACUCUGCCAUUCAAUCAUGGCUGAUCCUUUUUUUCCUCUCCUCGGCCCCUCUUCCCAGUCUUAUCCCCAUAACCUUUGAUGCUGUGUCCAAUCAGGAAUCUAUCAAUCUCUAUAUUAAAUAUAAUGAACAACCUGGCCUCCACAACUACCUGUGGUAACAAAUUCACCAUCUGGCUAAAGAAAUUUCUCUACAUCUCUGUUUUAAAUGGACACCCCUUUAUCCUGAAGCUGUAUCCUCUUGUCCUAGACUCCCCCACCAUCCUUUCCACAUCUACUCUGUCUAGGCUUUUCAACAUUCAAAAGAUUUCAAUGAGAUGCCCUCCCUCAUCCCUCUAACUUCCAGUGAGUACAGACCCAGGGACAUCAAAUGUUCCUGGUAUGAUAACUCUUCCAUUACCAGAAUAAUUUUUGUGAACCUCCUCUAGACCCUCUCCAAUGCCAGCACAUCUUUUCUUUGAUGAGCAGCCUAAAACUGUUCACAGUACUCAAGGUGAGACCUCACCAGUGCCUUAUAAAGCCUCAGCAUCACAUCUCUGCUCUUGUAUUCUAGACCUCUUGAAAUGAAUGGUCACAUUGCAUUUGCCUUCCUCACCGACUCACUUGCAAGUUAACCUUUAGGGUGUUCUGUAUAAGUCCCUUUGCAUCUCAAAUUUUUGGAUUUUCUUUGGCAGCAUGUAUUUCUACUGCCAAAGUGCAUGUCCAUGCAUUUUCCAACAUUGUAUUUCAUUUGCCACAUUAGAAACAUAGAAAACCUACAGCACAAUGCAGACCCUUUGGCCUGCAAAGUUGUGCCAAACAUGUCCCUGCCUUAGAAAUUACUAGACUUACCUAUAGCCCUCUAUUUUACUAAGCACCAUGUACUUAUCCAAAAGUCUUUUAUAAGUCCCUAUUGUAUCUGCCUCCACCACCGUUGCCAGCAGCCCAUUCCACGCACUCACCACUCUCUGAGUUGUUACGCCGGUGCCCCAACUCUGAGGGGCCGAAGGGUACAAAGUAGCCCCCUCCUUUUUGAGAAUCGCAAGAUAGCUAUUAAUUCAGGUCAGGAGACCCAGGAAAUGAGAGAAAGAUACGCAGAAUCCACAAGGGGUUUGGAAUGUCCUGGCCCCUCAGCGAUACAAAGCCACGGGAAACGGCCAUUGUCUCUUGGAGACGGAAUUGUGUAUUGAGUACUGUACUAUUUAUUUGAAGCCCUCAGGGAAUGACCAAAGUGGGCUGGGUUGAAGGAUGGCACCAUCCCAACCUGAUUGACAUCUGAGACCCCGUGAGUAAGGAUAAAAGAGGGUCUGGGGAACAACCCCUUUAGACGCACCAGGAGAAACGCUGGAAAUCCCGUGACAGCGUUUAAUAGCGACUACUGGCGGAGGGCCCACGUGUGUCCUUUCCCGUUGCCCGUGAUUGAGGCCUUACCACGGAAGACGGCUUAGCUAAAGAAGAGAUCACCGACGACAUAUCGAAGGAUCGACAUCAUAAAAAGGAAAACGGGCAAGUUCUAAAAAUCUAUCUCUCUCUCUCCAACCAAAAGCUGCAGCCUGAAUGAACUGAAGUGACUUUUAUAUUUCCAUCGGACAAUACAUUAUCCCCUAGACAAAGAUAGAGCUAUUUCUUAUUGAUUAUUAUUAUUAUACCCGCGCUUUUAGAUUUAGUAUUGACGACGUAUAUUAUCUGUAUGUUUGCAUUGAUAUUAUUUUUGUGUAUUUUUAUCAAUAAAUAAUGU